AUGAAUAUGCAAGACGCUAACAAGGAGGAGUCGUACUCGAUGUAUCCUAAAACUUCUUCUCCGCCACCACCUACGCCAACAAACAUGCAAAUCCCCAUUUAUCAGGCUCCUCUGCAGAUGUAUGGCUACACUCAAGCGCCAUAUUUAUAUCCUACUCAAAUGCCUGCUUAUUCGUUUAACAUGGUCAACCAGAACCAGCCAAUGUACCAUCAAGGUAACAGCCCACACCAUAUGCCUCCUCAAAACAGUAUCAACGGUGGCAAUACUACUAAUAGCAGCAACAUAGGCAAGAAAAAGUGGCACUCCAGCAGUGUUGCUAACAGCAGUAGCAACAACGGCGGUAGUCAAGGCGCCAACUCUAACGGUAUAAACUACAACAAAUCACACGCCUAUCAUCAUAGUUACUCAAACAACCAUAUUCCAAUGAUGAACUCUGCAAACAAUGGUAACAAUGUGAGCAUGAAGAAACAGGCCAAUCCUUCGAAUGGCAACGGUCCUUCGGCUACUUCACCGUCGUUUUCUUCUUACAACUCUUCCUCACAGUAUGAUUUAUAUAAGUUCGAUGUGACUAAAUUAAAGAACUUUAAAGAAAACUCGUCCAGCUCUGUUCAGUUGCCACUGUUCAUAAACACUACAGAAGCAGAGUUCGCUACCGCAAGUGCGCAGAGGUACGAGUUAAACUUGAAAGCUUUAAGGUUAGACCCUGAAAGCUUAGCAGAACAACCCGUAGCUCAAAGCUCCGUUCAUCACCAUGCGAAAAUUCAUGAUAUACCAAAGCAUAAUGAAGAAAUAAAGACAGAAACUCAUGGAGAAGAGGAAGAUACACACGAUAAAAAGUCAAAUGCGAGCAAAGACACACAUGAACACAAAAGGAAAAUUGAACAAAAGGAAGAUGAGUCCACACUGGAAAAUAGUGAACAAAUCAAUCAGGAACCUCGAUCUACCGUUGCGCCCAUAGCGGUGAACAAAAUGGAAGUAGAGGAGUCCAUUGAAGAAAGUACUCUGAAUACAUCCUCACCCACACCCCCAACAGCUAAAUCUUGGUCUGCCAUAGCAUCGGAUGCGAUUAAAAGUAGACAGGCCAGUAAUAAGCCAGUAUCUGGUUCAAUCAUGACUAAAACAUCCACCUCUGGUACAGCUACAAGCGCUUCACCAACAAGCACAGUCACAGCAGCUAUUGGAAAAUCGAGUUCUCCGCUGUCGUCCAAGCAACCUCAAAGGAAGGAUAAAAAGUACGUUCCGCCUUCAACAAAAGGUAUUGAACCACUCGGAUCUAUUGCAUUAAGAAUGUGUUUUGAUCCUGAUUUUAUCAGUUACGUUUUACGGAAUAAAGACAUCGAAAAUAAAAUUCCACUUCUUUCUAUUAUUCCAAGGGGCAUAGUAAACAGAGCCAACAUUUGCUUUAUGAGUUCCGUGCUGCAAGUGUUGCUCUACUGUCAACCAUUUGUUGAUGUCUUGAACGUUUUAAGUACACGGAACACUAAUUCAAGGAUUGGUACAUCAUCCUGCAAAUUAUUAGAUGCUUGCUUGACUAUGUAUAAGCAAUUCGAUAAGGAGAAUUAUGAGAAAACAAUGGAAAAUGCAGAAGAUACUGAAAAAUCAUCGGAGAAUGAUGCAAAGAAACCAUCGAAAUCCAAGAAUUUCCACCACAACACCACUGUUGAGGCUGUUAAGCCUGAUGAAUUUUACAAAACCUUGUCCACUAUACCUAAAUUUAAAGACUUGCAAUGGGGCCAUCAGGAAGAUGCGGAAGAGUUCUUGACCCAUUUACUAGAUCAAUUACAUGAAGAAUUAAUUUCCGCAAUUGAUGGUUUAACCGAUAAUGAAAUCCAGAAUAUGCUGCAAAGUAUCAAUGACGAACAAUUGAAAAUUUUCUUUAUUAGAAAUUUAUCACGUUAUGGAAAAGCAGAGUUUAUCAAGAAUGCCAGCCCAAGAUUGAAGGAGUUGAUAGAAAAGUAUGGUGUGAUUAAUGACGACUCUACGGAAGAAAAUGGUUGGCACGAGGUAAGUGGAUCCAGUAAAAGGGGCAAGAAAACCAAGACUGCCGCCAAGAGGACCGUGGAGAUUGUUCCAUCACCAAUUUCCAAGUUAUUUGGUGGUCAGUUUAGAUCAGUCUUGGAUAUCCCCAACAAUAAGGAGUCUCAAUCGAUUACUUUAGAUCCAUUUCAAACAAUCCAAUUAGACAUUUCAGACUCUAGUGUGAAUGAUUUAGAAACUGCAUUCAAAAAGUUCAGUGAAUAUGAACUACUGCCAUUUAAGUCAUCAUCAGGUAAUGAUGUUGAGGCCAAGAAACAAACUUUUAUCGACAAACUACCACAAGUUCUUUUAAUCCAACUUAAAAGAUUUUCAUUCAUAAAUAAUGUGAAUAAAGAUAAUGCGAUGACGAACUAUAAUGCAUACAAUGGACGUAUUGAGAAGAUUAGAAAGAAGAUCAAAUACGAUCAUGAAUUAAUCAUACCGGAAGAAUCAAUGUCCUCCAUAACGUUAAAGAAUCAUACUUCAGGAGUUGAUGAUAGAAGAUAUAAGUUAACUGGAGUGAUAUACCACCAUGGCGUGAGUUCAGACGGUGGACAUUAUACAGCAGACGUUUAUCACAAGGAGCAUAAUAAGUGGUACAGAAUAGAUGAUGUAAAUAUUACAGAAUUGGAAGACGAUGAUGUUCUGAAAGGUGGAGAAGAAGCUUCUGAUUCGAGAACAGCCUAUAUUUUGAUGUAUCAAAAGGUAUAUUAA